CGCCGAGACCCGGCACCCCUGGGAUGAAGCCCGGGGCUGCACUGCGACGGGGAGCGGGGCACGGUCACAGGGUCGUGAGGAGCUGGGUGGGCGGGCUGCAGACUCGCCGCGCGCGAGCGUCCCGGGAUCCCGAUUUGGAUCUGGAGGAGUUAGAACGCAAUUUACACAUCCCUAAGUGCGAGCGCCGGCGUGCAGGGAAGCCCAGGUGGGACAAGGACUUUUGGAGAGAGGUCAGAGGGCACCAAGUUGUGCCUGCUGCUGUUGCCAUGGUAACGGGGGACCGGAUGUGGCGACGUUAGGAUGCGACAGCCCCAAAGCCGGUGGUGGGCUGCAUGCCACCCCGUGGAGGCGCGGUCUCGUGUUUUUCAGUGGCAGAGAGAACACCUGUAGGAUACACAUUCCAGCAAGACUCAACGUUGCUGGCCGACCUAGAUAACACGCGGACGGAGGCAUUUCACGCGAGGAUGCAGCCACAGUCACAGCCCCCCGCAGUCCUCCGGAAGUGGAAUGGCGGGAGCCCCAGCCUCGCUGUCCCCCAGCGGCCCCCCGGAAACGGAAACGGAUUCCCGCGUGCCCCUUCCUCACUGCCCUCCAAGUCCUGCUGCAGCCAUUGCCGCAGCCACGAUGCCGAAACGAAAGAAGCAGAACCAGCAGCAGCCGCCGCCGCCGCUGCAGCCCCCACUGUUGGAGCGGGAAGAAACUGGAGAGGAGGAAGACAGGGGUCGCCUGGGACCACCCAGCCUUCUGGGCCCUCCCCCCAUGGCCAACGGAAAACCUGGUGACCCCAAGUCAGCUCUCCACAGAGGUCCUCCAGGAUCAAGGGGACCCAUGAUUCCACCGCUGCUGAGUCUCCCACCUCCUCCCCGGGGGAGAGGCCCCAUGCGGGGAGGCCUUGGCCCCAGGUGUGGUCCAUAUGGUCGUGGUUGGUGGGGGGUCAACGCUGAACCUCCCUUUCCUGGGCCAGGCCUUGGGGGUCCCUCCAGGGAGAGCUUUCACAAAGAACAGAGAAACCCUCGAAGGCUCAAAAGCUGGUCUCUUAUCAAGAACACCUGCCCACCUAAGGAUGGCCCCCAGGUUCUGGAAGACAAAUCUGACCGCCCCGUCUGCCGACACUUUUCCAAAAAGGGCCACUGUCGAUACGAAGACCUUUGUGCCUUCUACCACCCAGGCGUCAACGGACCUCCUCUGUGAGACUGUGCCUUCCCGUCCAGGUUGGAAGGAGCCCUCUGACCUUGUGGCCAUGUGUUGCCCUGUGGCCCUGUGGCUGCUAUCAUGGGGCUCUUCCACCCAUCCUGUCCACUACCUUUUCCAUUUGGGUCCAGAGUGUGUGUCAUCACCAGUGUGAUGUACGCGCUUUCUUCUGCUCCAGCCUCCAGAGACUGGCCUUCAGGACCCCAUCUCUGCUCCCUUCAACUGCCUCCUGGAUCUUCUUGCCCCUCGCCAAGUGACUGCUGAACAGGAAACCUCUUUGGUGCUGUUUCUUGUACAUCUGUCCACCUGUACCCCAGUAUCACCCUCAAUCCCUGAGAGCCCGAGAGUGGUUUCCUACCCCCUCUAACUGCUCGUUUUAAGUCCUUAUUUUUAUUAUUAUUUUUAAUGUGACACCCCCUCAAUGUUGUCGGCUGCUCGUGAAACUCACCACCAGGUCAUGUGACCUGGGGUCAGGCUUGGGUGCCUGGGUCAGAGACUCACUGAAAGGCCACUCUCCCUGCUUCUGGAUUCCGUAGUUUCUCUGUCAGUAGCAUGAUCCCCGCCGCUCUGGUCUGUGAUCACUGUGCUUUGUGGAGCUGUGCAUCCCUUCGUAGCCUCUCAGUGUCCGUGGCAUUUUUGUGACUCCCCAACACUAGAGUACGUUUUUUUUCUGCCAAAAUGAGUGGAGCCCAUGGUGCCCUCUUAACUUGCCCCACCUUCCAACAUGGGAGAAUUGUCCACGGGACUGCCUGCCUGGUCUCCUGGUCUGGGUUAGGCUGGGUCUGAUGCAGGCCUGGGAGCCGUCUUGUGCAGCCCGUGCUAGGCAGGCCCUCUCCAGCCCACUUUGGUGUCACUGGCACUACGAGGCCACCAGCCCUCACGUGAAUUCUGUGAAUCUCCACCCAGCCCACCUUGGGGUGGAACCUGGACAGUACUGUCACCCUCUUCCAACCCUCUUGCUGCAUCCCUGGCACUGGUUGUUUUCUGUGAAAACGGCAGUGAACAGGUUCAGUGUUGAACUGGCCCUGUAGGAACGGGUCAGGAGCUGUGCGGGCAAGAGGGAAGGAUGAGGGCCCUUGGAGAACUGAGAAUGAGGUUUUUUUUUUUUUUCUUUUUAACUUUUUUUUUAAUAUAUAUAUAUUAGUAAUAAAUGCGGUGGAAACAGACAUUUUCCUUAAUCCCUAUGUCCCAGUUAUCUCUGGAGACACAGCUGGUGUUCUUGAUGCAGUUGAUGAGUUCAUUCUUUAUUCAGUUCAUACGGAGCGGUGAUGGACAGUGAUCCAAUUUAGGUUUCUUCCAGCCAGAAAGAACCAUUGAGAUACAGUGGCCUAUCGCUAUGUUCAAGAGCAAAGUUUUGUGGAAAAAAAGGAAAACUCAAGUGUCCAUGAGUAAUUUUUAAACA